AUGGGGCAAAUUGUAACUCACAGGGGAGGAAAUCGAGUGGCUGAUCUGGACACCCAGAGAAAUCGAGUGGCCGACCUGGAAAGCCAGUUGAGACGAGCAAGGUCAGACUGCGAAGAAGAGAGGAGAGCAAGGGAACAGUUAGGACGCAUGUUAACGUCAAUAGAGCGAGAAUUGAGAAGUCUGAGAAAUCACUGGGUAAUUGCCAGUGAUGAAAUUCAAAUCAGAAGAGACCAGCCACUCGGGGAAGGCGCGUGGGGAAUCGUCUACCGUGGAAAAUUUCAAGGAUGUGAUGUAGCUGUAAAAGAAAUACACCCAAUCAUUAUGUCUGAUCGAAUCAGGCAAUUGUUUGAAAGAGAAGUGGACAUUGCCUCAAGGUGCCGCCAUCCCUGUCUAUUGCAAUUUAUUGGUGCAACAACUGGUGAGAGACCCCUGUUAGUUACGGAGAUAAUGGAAUGCAGUCUAAGGGCGAGACUAUACAAUCAAACUGACCCACUACUAUCGGACCCUGAAAUAACUACGAUUGCUCUGGAUGUGGCUAAAGCACUAAACUAUCUGCAUCAUAAACGAGAUCCCAUCAUUCACCAUGACAUCAGUAGUGGGAAUGUUUUGUUGAGGCGACAAGGUGACCAGUGGAGAGCCAAAGUGUCAGAUUAUGGCACUGCUAAUUUUGUACGUGAGAGUAGUAUAAAUUAUGCAGGCAAUGCUGUCUAUUGUGCACCUGAGUCCGUACUUGAAGAUCCCAAUAGACCGAUCAGCUGCAAGGUUAGU